AUGCUGGAGGUGAUCGGGGCUGGCGUCGAUCACUCAGCCGACAUCGACGUCGACUUCGCGCGGGUGUUCGCUGCCAGCAGCCUGAAGGCCAUUAUUGACGAGAACUUGAGCAAGGAGGGGGUGACGGUGCCUUCUCGCGACCAGAGCAAACUGUCCUUCGCCAACAAGCGCGCAGCCAGCAACUUGACGCUGGCUUAUAUGCUGAGACCUUCAAUUCGUCCUGGUACUUCGUCCUUCACACUAGCCGAGAUCCCGUACGUGCUCGUGUCGAGUCUGCUCUUCCCCGUUGUCUGCCUGCCACUCGGGGGAUUCACGGACAUUGACGACCUGGGCUUCUACUGGUUCAACUUGACGCUGCACGUGCUGUGCCAGAUUUACUUGGGUCAGCUGCUGUCUUUCGCCAUGCCGAGUACCUAUGGGGUCCGUUCUGUAUACGACCCAUUUGAGAUUCUACCGAGUAUGGAGGUGGCCGGCGUGCUCUGCAACUCCGUUUUCGUGCUGUUCAUGGGCUCCAACCCGCCGGUCAGCACCAUCCUGCGCGGCUACAAGUGGAUCUUUGACGCCACCCCACACCGCUGCUCCUCCAUGCUCUUCACCGCACUGCUCUUCGGGAGCUGCUCCGACGACGAAUACGCUCAGAUUGCUAAGAUGCACUAA